GCAGCCUGGGAGGUUUGCAUGGUGUUUGCAAGCUCAGCCUCUCUUCCCGUGCAAAGGAGCAGUCUUGCCUCUAGAGACAAACUAGAAGCAAAGCAAAGAGACCUUUUGAGUCCGGGUGGGAGCCAGAGAUGGAGAAGAGAGUAAAGAUGGAAGAGCAGAACUUUGCUGGCCCUGAAGCAGGAAACGUCUCCUUCAACAUCCAGGGAGGGAGCAGUGCAGAGCCCUGGGAAAGAAGAGUGCAGGAGAACCAGCCUGGGAGCAACACCAGCUCAGAUGUGGAGCGCCAGCGCUUCAGGGACUUCUGCUACCAGGACACUGAAGGCCCCCGAAAGGUUUGCAGCCGACUCCACCACCUUUGCCGUCAGUGGCUGAAGCCAGAAAGGUGUACAAAAGCUGAGAUGCUGGACCUGGUGGUCCUGGAGCAGUUCUUGGCUGUCCUGCCCCCGGAGAUGGUGAGCUGGGUCAGAGAAUGUGGAGCUAAGAACAGUUCCCAGGCGGUGGCCCUGGCAGAAGGCUUCCUCUUGAGCCAGGCAGAGGACCAAGAGCAGCUGCAGGGGAAGUUGGCCAAGAUGCUCACAGAUUUCCCUGAGGCAAAGAAAGCUCCGCUUGACAGAGGGACCUUGGAAGAGGGUGACUUAAGACCCUCCUCACUGGGGAGCAGAAAGACCCACAGAGAGAGUGAAUUGAUCCUGGGAGAUCCUUCUAGGCCUCCUUCACUUGGUGGUGGAGUGGAAGCGGUUUCUGCGCAGCCUGGGCAGGGUCUGGUGACCUUUGAGGAGGUGGCCGUGCAUUUCUCGGCGGAGGAGUGGGCUCUGCUGGAUCCAGGCCAGAGGACUCUGCACAAGGAAGUCAUGGAGGAGAAUCAUGGGAUCCUGUCCUCUCUGGGUGAUUUCAGGGAGAGCAACUCACAAGUUAAGCGAUAUCAAAUAAUUUAUACAGGGGAGAAGCCCUAUGAAUGCCUAGAGUGCGGAAAGAGCGUCAGUCACAGCAGCAACCCUAAUCAACAUCAAAUAAUUCACACAGGGGAGAAGCCCUAUGAAUGCCUGGAGUGCGGAAAGAGCUUCAGUCACAGCAGCAACCUUAAUAAACAUCAAAGCACUCACACAGGGGAGAAGGCCUAUGAAUGCCUGGAGUGCGGAAUGAGCUUCAGUCAGAGCAGUGACCUUAAUCAACAUCAAAGAAUUCAUACAGGGGAGAAGCCCUAUGAAUGCCUGGAGUGCGGAAAGAGGUUCAGUCGGAGACACAACCUUAAGUAUCAUCAAAGCAUUCACACAGGGGAGAAGCCCUAUCAAUGUCUGGAGUGCGGAAAGAAAUUCAGUCUCACCAGCACCCUUAAUCAACAUCAAAAAAAUCACACAGGGGAGAAGCCCUAUGAAUGCCUGGAGUGCGGAAAGAGAUUCGUUCUGAGCAGCCAACUUAAUCAACAUCAAAGAAAUCAUACAGGGGAGAAGCCCUAUGAAUGCCCAAAGUGCGGAAAGAGAUUCAGUCGGCUCGGCAACCUUAAUCAACAUCAAAUAAUUCAUACAGGGGAGAAGCCCUAUGAAUGCCAAGAUUGCGGAAAGAGGUUCAGUCUGAGUAGUCAUCUUAAGUCGCAUCAACUAAUUCACACGGGCGAGAAGCCCUAUGAAUGCCGGGAGUGUGGAAAGAGCUUCAAUCACAGCAGCAACCUUAAUCAUCAUCAACUAAUUCACACGGGCGAAAAGCCCUAUGAAUGCCUGGAGUGCGGAAAGAGAUUCAAUCACAGCGGCAGCCUUAAUAUACAUCAAAGUAUUCACACAGGGGAGAAGCCCUAUGAAUGCCUGGAGUGCGGAAAGAGCUUCAGUCACAGCAGCAACCUUAAUAAACAUCAAAGCUCUCACACAGGGGAGAAGGCCUAUGAAUGCCUGGAGUGCGGAAUGAGCUUCAGUCAGAGCAGUGACCUUAAUCAACAUCAACGAAUUCACACAGGGGAGAAGGCCUAUGAAUGCCUGGAGUGCGGAAUGAGCUUCAGUCAGAGCAGUGACCUUAAUCAACAUCAAAGAAUUCACACAGGGGAGAAGCCCUAUGAAUGCCUGGAGUGCAGAAAGAGAUUCAUUGGGAACAACGACCUUAAUAAACAUGGAAGAAUUCACACAGGGGAGAAGCCCUAUGAAUGCCUGGAGUGCGGAAAGAGGUUCAGUCGGAGACACUACCUUAAGUAUCAUCGAAGAAUUCACACAGGGGAGAAGCCCUAUGAAUGCCUGGAGUGUCGAAAGAGGUUCAAGCAGAGCAGUGAACUUAAUCAACAUCAAAGAAUUCACACAGGGGAGAAACCCUAUGAAUGCCUGGAGUGUGGAAAGAGAUUCAGUCAGAGCUGCGACCUUAAUCAACAUCAAAGAAUUCACACAGGGGAGAAGCCCUAUGAAUGCCUGGAGUGCGGAAAGAGGUUCAGUCGGAGACACAACCUUAAGUAUCAUCAAAGCAUUCACACAGGGGAGAAGCCCUAUGAAUGCCUGGAGUGCGGAAAGAAAUUCAGUCUCACCAGCACCCUUAAUCAACAUCAAAGAAUUCACACAGGGGAGAAGCCCUAUGAAUGCCUGGAGUGUGGAAAGAGAUUCAGUCAGAGCAGCCAACUUAAUCAACAUCAAAGAAAUCAUACAGGGGAGAAGCCCUAUGAAUGCCCGAAGUGUGGAAAGAGAUUCAGUCGGCUCGGACAGUCCUUGCCUCAAGAGAGAAACCAGAAGCAAAGCAAGGAGACCUUUUGA